UCAAUAGUCGCUCUCAGGCUUCUUUCUGAUAUGAAACAUCAAAAAGGGGACAACGUACGCGUUGUCCCUAUUUUUCUUUUACCUCUUUUAUUGAGAAGAAUGGUGUAGGGGCCUACUCCAGCCUACUCCCAUAAGCCCAGAGCCAUAUAUUGAAAGAGGGAAGGAAACAUCAAAAAGAAUCAUGAGCAGUAACACGAAGCGGACUAUUUAUGUAGGUGGUUUGGCUGAAGAAGUUGAUGAGAAGGUGUUACAUGCAGCAUUUAUACCCUUUGGAGAAAUUGUUGACGUUCAGAUCCCAUUAGACUAUGAAUCUGAAAAACAUAGAGGAUUUGCAUUUAUUGAAUUUGAGAUGGCAGAAGACGCAGCAGCUGCUAUAGACAAUAUGAAUGAUUCAGAAUUGUUUGGUCGAACAAUAAGGGUGAAUAUUGCUAAGCCUCAAAAGAUAAAAGAAGGUUCAUCAAAACCAGUUUGGGCAGAUGAUGCUUGGUUACAAGAACAUGCAGGUGAAACUUUGAAAAAUGAUGAUAAUACAAAGACAAAUGAUGUUACACAGACUCAGAAGAAAACAAAACAGAAUCCGCAAGUUUAUUUCGACAUAAGUAUAGGGAAGCAAGAAGUAGGUAGAAUUAUCAUGAUGUUACGAGCAGACAUUGUGCCAAAAACUGCAGAGAAUUUUCGGGCUCUAUGCACACAUGAGAAAGGAUACGGAUAUCAGGGUAGCACCUUUCACAGAAUUAUUCCAGAUUUUAUGUGCCAAGGAGGUGAUUUUACAAAUCACAAUGGUACAGGUGGUAAAUCAAUUUAUGGCAACAAAUUUGAUGACGAAAAUUUUGAACUCAAACACACAGGUCCAGGUACACUGUCAAUGGCCAACUCUGGCCCAAAUACAAAUGGAUCACAAUUUUUUCUGUGUACAGCCCGAACGGAUUGGUUGGACGGAAAACAUGUUGUUUUUGGGCAUGUCCUUAGUGGAUUAGACGUGGUCAAAAAGGUUGAAAAAUGUGGUACAAAAGCAGGCACACCAAUGCAAAAAAUUGUUAUAACUGCUUGUGGAGAAUUAAUAUAGUUA